UCAUUCCAGUGCCUCUAUUUCAUGCUGUAAUACAAGUGUUGAAGCACAAUGGCCCGGACCAAGCAGACAGCGCGCAAAUCGACCGGAGGGAAAGCUCCUCGCAAACAACUGGCGACCAAAGCGGCGCGGAAGAGCGCUCCAGCCACGGGCGGAGUGAAGAAGCCUCACCGCUACCGGCCCGGCACCGUGGCUUUGCGGGAGAUCCGGCGCUACCAGAAAUCCACCGAGCUGCUCAUCCGUAAACUGCCCUUCCAGCGCCUGGUGCGUGAGAUCGCUCAGGACUUCAAGACAGACCUGCGCUUCCAGAGCUCGGCCGUCAUGGCCCUGCAGGAGGCCAGCGAGGCUUACCUGGUGGGGCUCUUUGAGGACACCAACCUGUGCGCCAUCCACGCCAAGCGAGUCACCAUCAUGCCCAAAGACAUCCAGCUGGCCCGCCGCAUCCGCGGGGAGCGCGCUUAAACUCCGAACCAAGUACAACAAAAGGCUCUUUUAAGAGCCACCAACCCGGCUGUGGAAAGAGCUGUGUCCUCCUGUUCAUUGUCCUCUUACAUUAUGGUCCCGGCCUUUCUUACCAGAAUUGGCACCGCAGUCACAGCUGCCGAGCGGAGUCUGACCCCACGGGCUCCAGUGUCCCGGACGGACCCGGUUACCAUC